AGCCACCUCAGUGCGGAGCCAUCCGGGGUCCUGUCCGCAUCCGCGCAGCACCAUGCAGGGGCUCAGCGCCGCGCCGUCCGCCGCCUUCCUCCUCCUCCUCCUCCUCCUCCUCAGCCCGCUGCAGCCGGCGGCCGCGGCGGGCAGCGAGGAGCUGAGCGUCGACAGCAGCCUGGCAGUGGAGGCGGCGCGGGUGGCUCUGCACUACCUCAACUUCCAGAGCAGCUCUGCCGCCGCGCUGCGGGCUCUGGGGCAGCUCCGCAAGGCCACGGUCAAGAGCAUCCCAGACUCCGGGCACAAGUACUACCUGCAGCUGACUGCUGAGGACUACCAGAGUGGGGCAGAUGCUGGCAACUGCCUUGCCACAGUGCUGUACCCAAAGACAGCAGCUGCACCUGCGGUCACCGCCAAGUGCACACCCACCCAGGACCAGAAACAAAUCCAAGAGGAGGACAACAGACUCUACAAAGCCCUGCGAGAGCAAACCAAACCCAUCGCUGCAAACAACAUUCCAGACAGCUAUGGCAACAUUGACCCUGCCCUGCAGCCCGUGUGGGCGCUGGCUGUGGCUGGCAGCAGUUACAUCAUGUGGGAGAAGUCGAGGGAGAACUUGGGUUACUUCAUGGCACAAGUCAAGUCUGCAAAGCAGUGGCUAAGGAAAGAUGAAUUUAUCGAGUUUGACUACACUGUGCUGCUCCAUGAAAUCCCAACACAGGAAAUGAUUUCAUGCCACAUGCGCCUCACUUGGCUCCCUGGUCGCCCUCUGAAAGUGAAAUACUCCUGUGCCUCAGAGAAGCAGGGGCUGGAUGAAGGCACUGGAGUGGAAUCUGGAUCAGCUGCUGGCGUUUUACAGGACAGGGCAGUGAAUUUUUAAGCGAGAUUUGUCAGCUCGAUGGCAACCUAUGAGAUGUUUAGAGCCUUCCUGCUAACCAGCCUGGAACACUUCACUCCUUUUGGCCCUGGAAUUCAUCCCUACAAUACCACAGCCUGCAAGAUCUUGUGGACUUCUACCUAAACUCUUUGCUGCUACAGCUGUAUAGACACACCCCAGAUGAUUUGAUGUUGCUGCCUUCCUCAGACUAGCACAGUUUGUAAGCAAACUUAAUAUAUUUGGGUGAAAGAAUGGAGGGAAAGUAUUAAUCUCUCACUAAAACAUUGCUCUAGUUGGGCUUUUGCUCCUUUUUAGGAUGGGUAAAUGCAGAUUUUACACCUCCAAUAAACCAGAUACCAUUACAUAA